AAGUAUUUGCCACUGGGACAGUGGUCAGUUUUCGGUCAGGUUUAACCCCGAUAUAAAUUGUACUCAGUAGUUUGCGUCAUAUACUGUAGGCUAUAUGUAAACUCCGGAGUAGGGCCUACUAGUUCUACGUCAAAAUUAAAGUUUUGGUUCACCAUAAUGGCUGGUAUAAGAGUUACUUAUCUUCCUACAAGAUGUACGGAGAGAGAUAUCAAGAUACAUUUCACUAAACCAGAGAACGGCGGAGGUCCUGUAAAGGAAAUCUACUAUCCAUUGUUCAAAGGGAAUGCUGUUGUCGUUUUUGAGGACUCCGUUACUGGGGAGACGGUGAUGGCACACGAACAUAAUAUGAUGGGAGAGACCAUAUUUAUUGAACCUCUACAUUGCCCACAGGUUUUUACCACAAUGGAGGCGAAACUUGAACCCUCCGUAGCCGCCCUCAUUCAAGCAACAGAUGAAGUCAGGGAUGAUUUGCAACACUACAGAGACGUUGAAUUUUGUUUUGACGAAACAGGGUGCAUAACCGGUGUUCGUGGAAACUGGUACUUGUUAGAAUGGAUAUGGGCAUAUAUUGAAAGACUCGUAAGACAUCAAAAUGAUCCUAGGCGAUAUAAUUAUCGUACAUUGUUAAGGGACCCUGCUCUGAACGAACCAAGAAGUCCAUCUCCAAUGCAACUGGAUGAUCACCCAAUUAUAAGCACGCCGUCUGCUAAUGACAUUAAGGCGGAAAUGAAACACAAAUCAACAGGUGUUUGGAAGAAAGAAACUGAUUCUGCUACAGCAGAAGUCAAAAUGCAGACGCAGAAACAAACAGCACGUACUCGGAAAAGCGUCCAGAUAGAACGUGACUGUUCAACUGAUAAAGAAGAAAGUUUAGACUACGAUAAAAGCUUGAAGCGGUUAACAGCCUUGACAAUAUCAGUACCUGAAGAAAAUAGAAAUGAGAUAGCCAUUGUAAGCGACAGACCUGACGACGUCCGAAGCAUUGACUUUCGUUAUGGACCACUAACUGUAAGUGUUUACACCGGGUGGAUUACCAUGGCAGAAACGGACGCUAUCGUUAAUGCCGCUAAUGAGAGCUUGGCACAUGUUGGUGGUAUCGCAGAUGCCAUUGCUAAAGCCGCUGGAUCUGAAAUGCAGCUUCAAUGUGAAGAAUAUAUACGAAGGUUUGUCCGUGUACCGACGACAAAUGUUAUGCACACGUGCGCUGGUGGAAAAAUCAGUCUAAAUGUAAAAUACGUGAUGCAUGCUGUAGGGCCAAUAUAUUCAUCAACUCGGCCAGCGAGGUGCGCGUUAGAGCUUACACAAACAUUUCUUAAUUGUCUGAAAUACGGAAAUGACAUUUUAAAGAUACAGUCAGUUGCAAUGCCCGUCAUAAGUUCAGGAAUAUUUGGAUGUCCACUGGAGGUGUGUGUUAGAUCUUUCUUUAACGCUGUCUUACUGUUUGCCUGUGAGCACAUGUCAGAUUUUGUGCACCUCAAAGAAGUCCAUCUAGUUAAUAACAGUAGUGAUCAAACAGCUUUAACUGUGAUACAACUGAGAGAUCUUAUUUCACAGGGGGCACAGAUGAUGGUCCUGGAAGCAAAACAGCAGAUGCAAGAGAAAGAAGUUGAAGAUGCUGGUUAUAAAUUACAAAAUGUAUCUGGUCAGAGAUUAGACUUGGACCGAGAACCACCUACUACCAAGUAUAGAUACGACUUGGCAAGUUCACCAGGAGAGAGAAACUAUGGUUUCAGUCUCACAACAGAUAAUGCAUCGAGAUUACAUGAGAAAGGCAAUAAAACUCUGCUUGACAAGAUGAGUCCUUCCACAGACAGAGCAUAUGGUUCUAGCUUCAUGGCAAAUAAUCCGUCAAGACAAGUUGGAGCUUCUAAUGCAUCAUCUGAUGGUCACAGCAGUAUUGUUGAUCAUUGUGUCGGGACAGUAUCACCAGAUAAAAGAGAAACAAGAAGAGAUACGUUUUCUCGAAGCAGUAAGCAAGGUCCACCUACCACAAGCUAUGCGUAUAGUGGAGAAUCCGGACUUCCAAGUGGAACAUCAGUUGCAUCUAGAACUGCUUGGCGACCUCUUCCACCAACACCACCAGAGAGCUAUAGAACAAGAAGGAAGUAAAACAAAGGCCGUUUGAUUUGCGAUUAGAAUUACUUCCAAAAAUAAGUUAUACGUUCUUCCUUUUUUUUGUUGACAAACUUUUUUUUUUGUUAUGUUUUCGCAGUAACAAAAAACAUCAAAAAGACUUGACAGUGAGGAAAAAUUUUUGUUUUUGUAAGAAAUGCUAUAACUGACUGUCAAACGUUGGCGUUUUCGCUUGACCACGGGUGGCUAAUCACCAAAAUAAAGCAAAAUGGAUAUACUAGAGAAUUAGUGCAUAUUUUGCAGGUACCUAGGACAUUCUGUGUACGUCUUACAUUUCUUGUAUAAGUCAAGAUAGGGUUCAUACUGAAGGAUUCAGUGUGUUAGUUUUUAAAUUGCAACAUGCUGAAAUAAUGAGCUUUACUUGAUAUAUAAACGCUGUAUGAUCUUGUUACGAGACCCUCUCAAAGGCUCGUCACGACGUGUUUCAAAAUCAAAGCGAAUAAGUGUCUAAUCAAGUGAGAAAUCCAACACAUUGUUUUCAGUAUGUCGUAAAAUUUUUUUGAAGGUGCUACAUAACUUUGCUUCAUCCAACGUUUGUCUUCUACCAAAUAUACUAAGACGGCAAAACUUGAAUUUGUGUCUUUAUAACGUUGGCUACUCAUAAAGUAAUGCGAUUUAUCUUAAAUUCCGUCCUUAAUUGUAAGAAAAGUUUACAAGUUACUGCUGCUUUUGAUUGUAUUUAUAAAAGAAAUAAAUAUAGUGUAUGUUGUCAAAAUGA